GAGCACAGAUAGUGACUGUGAGCGUAAUGAAGUCCAUUCCUCUGAGCUGUUGAGGUUGAACAAAGCUCCUCUGGACACCGAAUCCCCAUCACCGCUGACCCGCGGCUGCGGCCCGUCCACUCUCUCCAGAAGACCUCGAAUGGCUCAGCAGAACCUGAAACCGGCCGGCGGGACCCGAGAGAGAGCGGCUCAUGGUGGGAAAGAGACGGAGGCCAUGAAAGCUGCGUUGACUGAGCUCGGCCUCAAUAUAGUGGAGAUGACUGAAAAGUCAGGUAGAGAAUUCUUUGUUGGAUUAUCCAAGAGGACCAAUCAGAGAGGAGCAGAGAUCCUGGCCGACGCGUUUAAGGACUACGCCGUGUCCACCGUUCCCAUUCAGGACAGACUCCAUCUGAAGAGUUUCUGCAGCAUGGCCGGACCGGAUCUCAUCGCCAUCGGAUCCAGCGAAGCCGCACAGAAAGCCCUGAAGAUUAUGCAGCAGAUGAGCGAUCAUAAAUAUGAUAAACUGACACUUCCUGAUGAUUUGGCUGCAAACUGCGUCUACAUGAACCUGCCGGGUAAAGGAGACGUCCUGCUGCACUGCACACCGGAGGAGUUUCCUGAGAGCGCCAAGGUCUUUGAGAAGCUGAAGGAUCACAUGCUCAUUCCGGUGUCCAAUCAGGAGAAAGUGAAGGUGGACGGCGCGCUGACCUGCUGCUCGGUGCUCAUCAACAAGAAGAAGAACAUCUGAGAGACUCCGGAAACCUUCAUCAAACACACCGUUUCAUAUUCCGCGCGUGUUUCAUGAAUGAGGCCUGAUGUGUGCGCGUAAUGUGCAGGAUUACUUCGUUUUAUCUUUGUUUUUGUUUUUUGAACUCACACACACAGAGACACACACACACACUCACUCACUCACA